GUCGAAGUCAAAGGCCGUCUGUAGAUUGUGCGCAAGGAGUCGGGUGGAAGGGAUUAAGGAAACUCUUCUAUUACAUAACGAAAUUUCAGGCAAGACGUCGGUAUAAAGAACUUACUGCAAAUUAUUAUGUAUGCCUUGUAAAAAGGAAGGAAUCCUUUUGGAAGCAGCACAAACAGCGGGAAUCUCUGAAGAUUUUCUUUCUGUCAGGUUACUUACACUAGCUGCCCAUUAGGGUUAGCGACUAUAUUGUUGCCGUGUAUGCAAUGUGUGCUGCUUUUGUCGGAUGUUUCCGGACGACAGUCCGUUAAGCAGCAAGGCCUCAAAUGGGAGAACCAAGUUUUGGAAAGGAGUACCCAAAAUAAACAAGCGGACGCUUUCAGAUUUCGUUGAAGGAUCUUUUGGAAUUUGCUGCAGCCUUUUGUUGGAUUUAAACCUCACCCCACUGAAGACAACCAUGGAAUCGGACUGUUACACAGGCAGAGCAGGGACAUUACAAGAGACACACUGAAGGGAGGUCAUCAGAGACACUACAGUUCAAGUUAAAGGGAGAGUGACCACGGCUCAGAGAGAAUCAGACGGUGGAUGACGAUGGGAUGGAAGCGUGAAUGAGGGUUGCCGUGGCGAAAGCUGAAUGAUGCCCAAGGGCGGGGGUUUGAAAACACCCCAGCUGGAGGAUUUCCCACUGAACACCGACAUGGUGGAGAAGCAGGCUGGGAAGAAGGAUAAAGACAAAAUCUCUUCAAACAAAACUCCCAAACUGGACCGUAGUGAUGGAGUCAAAGAGAUGAAAGAGAAGGCUCCGAAGAGGAAGCUGCCCUUUACUGUCGGAGCCAAUGGAGAUCAGAAAGAUUCAGAUUCAGAGAAGCAAGGUCCAGAGCGGAAGCGAAUUAAAAAGGAGCCCACUAACACCAGGAAGUCAGGCCUGCCUUUUGGGAUGGGUGUGCCAGGGAUCCGGGCUGGUUACCCCCUCUCUGAGCGGCAGCAGGUGGCUCUUCUCAUGCAGAUGACAGCUGAAGAAUCGGUCAACAGUCCAGACACAACACCAAAGCAUCAGUCACAGUCUAGUCUGGGUCAGAAGGGAACGCCAAACUCUGCCUCAAAAACCAAAGACAAAGUGAACAAGCGCAACGAGAGGGGUGAGACACGGCUGCACCGGGCUGCCAUCCGUGGUGAGGCACGGCGCAUCAAGGAGCUCAUCAAUGAGGGGGCUGACGUGAAUGUAAAAGACUUUGCAGGCUGGACUGCACUGCAUGAGGCCUGCAACCGGGGUUACUAUGAUGUGGCCAAACAGCUGCUGGCAGCCGGGGCAGAGGUUAAUACGAAAGGUCUGGAUGAUGACACCCCUCUACAUGACGCAUCCAACAAUGGACACUUCAAGGUAGUGAAGUUGCUACUACGAUAUGGAGGGGAUCCUCGUCAAAGUAACAGAAGGGGUGAAACCCCACUGAAAGUGGCAAACUCCCCGACUAUGCUGAAUCUGUUGCUUGGCAAAGGCACUUAUACCUCUAGCGAGGAGAGUUCAUCAGACUCUUCAGAGGAGGAAGAUGCUCCUUCUUUUGGCCCAUCCAGCUCUAUCGAUGGCAAUAACACAGACUCUGAGUUUGAGAAGGCUCUGAAGCUGAAAGGAAAAACUCUUGGUCCACCUAAAGCCACAGUUACACCCGUGAAAGACGAGUAUGAGUUUGAUGAGGAUGAUGAGGAGGAACGGAUCCCCCCUGUGGACGACAAGCACCUGCUCAAGAAAGAUUUUCGCAAAGACUCUGCGAGCAAAGCUAACAGUUUCAUUUCCAUCCCCAAAAUGGAGGUCAAAACCUAUUCCAAAAGCAACUCGCUCACACCAAAGAAGGCUGCACGGCGUAUCCUCUCUGACACAAACAGCUCAGACGAGGAUGUUCAAACCUUGUGUUUCUCUCCAGCACCCACAGUGCGGCAACCGGCAGCGGCAAGCAACGCCAAAAGCCGCGAUUCUGCCACCUUGACCUCCAAGCAGCAGAAAGAGAAGAACAAAGUGAAAAAGAAGAGGAAGAAGGAAACAAAAAACAACACCAACAAGGAGGUGCGGUUUGGCAAACUAAGUGAUAAGUUCUGCACCUCUGAGUCUGAGGUUGAGGAUAUGGAUAGUGAGGACGACAAAGGCUCUAUACAGAGCUCAAACUGUGUAAAGGACUCUACUGCUUUGAGCCUAAAAGAGUCGUCUGUUUUCAGUUCGCUCUCAUCUUCCUCCUCUCAUGGGAGCUUGGGCUCUCAAAAGCUGGCACAGUCACUGGCUGAGCAGCACCCAAAGCAGUGGAGGACAGAUGGAUGGAAAACUGUGUCCUCCCCAGCAUGGUCUGAUGUUAGCUCCCUCUCUGACUCCAUCAGAACCCAGCUUUCCACUGAAUCAGAGUACUCCUCAGCUGACUCGAGUGUUGAAUCUGUGAAACAAGUGAAAAAGAAGGCACAGGUAAGCCGCAAGAAGAACAACGUUCACACAAAUUCAGGUGAGAAAAAGAGUUCCUCUGACUUAUAUAAGAGUUCCAGUAUAGAUGGGGCAGUCUCCAAGAUGGACAAAGAUGGCAAAGUGUUGAAAAAGCAUAAAGUAAAACACAAACACAAAAGCAAAGAGAAAGAGAAGGCCCCAAGCCUGGUGCUCAACCAAGACAUGAAUGAAAAAUUUGUCAAGAGCUUUUCCUUUGAUUUUGAGGACACACGACAAAGGUCACACAUUGUUGAGACAGAAUCUCCAACUGAUAACAAAGUUAAAACCUCCAAGCAUGACAAAGAUCAUUUUAAAAAGGAAGAUCGGUCCAAGGGCAAAUUGGAGGACAAGGAUUGGACUUCUGGAAAAGAUAGUGUCAGAGCUGCUAAAGAGGAGAAGUCCAAGAAAACAAAGGAUUUGGCUAGGGACAAGGCAAGCAAGGAGAAGGAGGACAAAACCUUCAAAGCAGAAAAAGAGAGAGGCCUCAAGGAAAAAGACAAGCCUAAGGAGGAGAAGCAGAAGACUCACAAGGAUGAAAAACGGAAAAAGUCCAAGGACAAGUCUUCUAAGGUGGACAGAAAGAAUGAACAAAAGGAGGAAAAAUAUCUGAAGUUGGAGAAAGAAAAGAACCCAAAAGAGGAGAAAGAAAAGUCAAAAAAGGAAAAGGCACUCAAGGAGGAGCCUGAAUAUGAGGGCUUUGAUAUCAAGAAUCGUUUUUUAGACCAAGAAGACAGCAAGCUUAGUGCCUCUGAUGAUCCCCACAACCAAUGGGUGUCAGAUCUCUCUUCCGAAUCUUCUCUCUGUGGCGAUGAUAGCUGGGAUGCUCCAGUGAAAGAGUACAAAGAAUACAAAGCAAACAGUACAGUUAAACUGAUUGUAGAGACUGUAAAAGAGGAGAGCCGAGAUCGGAAGAAGGAAAACAAAGUUAAGGAGAAGAAGCUAGAAAAUAGUGAGAGACGAAAUGAUAAAGAGGGCACGGCCAAAAAGAAGGAAAAAGAUUCCUCAGAAAAGGUCAUUGAAAAGAAAAAGGACAUGACAGAUAAACAGAAAAUAAAUUCCAGCACCUUGAUGGAAAAGGAGAAGAGGAGGAAAGAUUCUGCAGAGUCCUUUAAAGACAAAAAGGAGAAAGAUUCUGUGGAUGGCAGGGAAAGAAAAGAUUCAUAUGAAUUUACUAAAGAGAAGAAAGACUCAAAAAAUAAACAAGAUGACACAUUAAGAGAUGAAUAUGGAAGUGAAACCUUUUUCAAAGAUAAAUCUGAGAGUGAUUCUCUUGGCAAAUUGUCAGAGCUCAGAGAGAGGAGUAACUCUGGAAAAGAGAAGGAAAAGAAGGUGGAGUGUCUGGAUAAAGAGAAGAAAGAGAAAUGUAAAGGUGAAAAACACAAGGAGAAGCUGGAGAAGGAGAAAGCUGAGAAAAAUACCACUGAGAAACCUCCUAAGGAAAAAGAUAUGGACAGAGGCUCCAAAGACAGGAAGGAGUUAACUAAAGACAAACAUAAAGACACCCACGGUAAAGAAAAGGAGAGGAAAAUGUCUUCAGAGCAGGGAAAAGACAAGAAGGAGAAGGCCUCACUGGAUAAGUAUGCCGACAGAGAGAAGGAUUUCCUGGAGACAAAGAAAGAAGACAGAAAAAUAGAGAAAGGGAGGGAAAAAACCUGGUACAAGAUUCCAGACAUCUUUACAGAUGAGAGUGAGGAUGAUGAAGAAAAUUACAACUGUGCAGUUAAAUUCAGUGAUUCACUUAACCUGUCAGAAAUCCAUCGUAAGGAAUCAACACCUGACAGGGAUGAGGCAGACCUCCUCCAAAACGAAAAGCACAGAAAGUACUUGGCAGAGGGGAAGCAGCACUCCACUGAGAAGCUAAAAGAAAAGGAUUAUAAAGACAAGAAAAAAGACAAAGCCAUGUUUGAUAGUGUGAGAGAGAGAAAGGGCUCCCUUGAAAAAAACAAAGACAAGAAAGAGAAGGACUGUGGAGAUGGUAAACAUAAGGACCGCAAAGAGCGGGUAUCUGUUGAUUCAGUACUAGAGAAGAAAAAUAAGCCAAAGCUGCUGGAUAAGAGGCACUCAAGUGAAGAGAAGGCCAAGGGCAAGUACAAGGACAAGCUUGAUAAAGACCAUCCAAAGGACAGGAAGGCCUCCAAAGGAAGUGGCGAAAAUGAGAAAUCCCUCCUGGAGAAGUUGGAAGAGGAGGCCUUGAACGACUACAAGGAUGACUUCAAUGACAAGAUCAGCGAGAUCUCAUCAGACAGCUUCACAGACCGUGGCCACGAGCCAGUGCUCAGCAGCUUCUACGACUCAUCCAACAUCAGCCUUCCAGACAUCUCAGAGGAGAGAAGAGAUUUGUUCUCUCUAUCCUACCCCCAGGACAAAUUCAGAGAGAAAGAGAGGCAUAGGCAUUCAUCCUCAUCCUCAUCCAAAAAAAGUCAUGAGAAAGACAAAGUGAAAAAGGAGAAGGCUGACAAACGAGACAAACCUGAGGAAAUCAAAGAGAUGUAUGGGCGCAGAGAAAGCCUGCCCUUUGAAAAGGAGCUCAUGCCUUUGGAGGCUGACCCUUAUACUUUUCCAGGAAAGCCUGAUGGAGAUGACGAUUUGGACAAGACCAUAGAGUUUGAAAAAGAAAUGUCUAAAAAAGCUGACAAAGCCAGCAGUGUUAUCACCAGUGAUAAGGUCAAAGAUAAAAAGAAAAAAGAAAAACAUAAAGAAAAAGCAAAAGAUGAGAAACACAAAUACACAGAUGGCUUCAGUGCUUUGAAACACAAGGAAGAUCAAAAGUCUGGAUUGAAGGAGAGUCCUCAUGUCAUCAGUUUGAAAGAAAAGUCCAAGGAGGACAGUCCAAAAUUUGAGGUCAAAAACAAGGACAGAAGCAAAGAAAUAAUGGACAAAGACAGAUCUGAUUACAUGAAGUUAAAAUCAAAGGACGAGAAUGACCGGGUCAGUCAGUCCAGAGACACAAAUCGGAAAGACUGCCGCCCACGGGAAAAGCUCCUAGUUGAUGGUGACCUUGAGAAAAAAGCUUGGUUGACUAGCUUUGGGAAAAUGCUUAGUCAAAAGGACCAGGAAAUUGAAGAACGGCAUAAAAGACAUAAGGAGAGAAUGAAACAGAUUGAGAAACUGAGGCACAGGUCAGGAGAUCCUAAAUUGAAAGAUAAAACCAAAUCCAGUGAAGACCUGCGAAAAAACCGCUCUGAUCUGUCAUCUAAAAAAGCAAAUUCUUUAGAAACUGCAUUAAAAGAUAAGAAGCCCAAGGAUGUUAGUCUUCCAGCUCAGAUGAUGUCUCCUGAUCGAAAGUCACAGCCUGUGGACAGUCAGAAUUCAAAAGACUGGUUAGCAGGACAUCAGAUGAAGGAGAAUCUCCCAGCUUCUCCAAGACCAGAUCAGAGCAGGCCUACUGGGGUGCCCACUCCUACAUCAGUGAUUUCAUGUCCCAGCUAUGAGGAGGUCUUGCAGACUCCACGUACUCCAUCCUGCAGUGCAGAGGAUUAUCCUGAUCUCAUGUUUGACAGCAUUGACUGCCAGAACACAUCCGCUAUGACGAUGUCCAUGAAUGCUUGCUCUCCGUCUUUCUUUGAUAGGUAUUCCAAUAUGCCACACAGCUUUCAAGAGAACAGCUGUCUGACCCCUGCUAAGAAUGUUCCGAUGCCCAUCCUCAGUCGUUCAGCUUCAGCAGAUGUCAGAAGGUCUUUAGAAGAGGACUUAAACGCAGAUACAAAUAAGUUUCUCCGACAGCAAAGUGUUCCUGCUGCCUCUGAAUUCCAGUAUUCAGCCCCACACCCUGCUGAGGAGUCUACAUCAGUGGAUCGGCUCAACUGUUUGUCUCCGGUUUUCUCUCCUCACACAGGGAUGCGCUCUCCAAGGCUUGAGCCAGCCCAGCCUAUGUCAGAAGGGCCCUCUGCUGCCCUCAUUGCUUUCGAUGGUGGAGAACACCUUCCUGACAGCAUCUAUAGUAACUUAGUGUCAAAACCCUCAUCUCCAGUACAUAGGCUCGACCCUCAGGAGCCUUGUUUGGACAUUGCUGCUCCUCCUACCCCUGCCCCAGCAGCUCUACCACCGCUGGACAUCGAUGAGCUCUCUGAGCCCCACCAUCCAUUGCCGCUGUCACCGCACAACGAUCCUGGUGUCAUCGCCUCUGACACUGCUAGUGUGUUCCCGCCAUCUGUUGUGGAGGAACAAAGGGAAGAAGAUGAGGAAGAGGAGGGAGAAGAUGAAGAAGAUGAAGAGGAAGAUGACCCAGGGGAGGCAGAAGAAUGUGAGGAUCUAGGCAAUGACAAUGUGGAGCACCCAAGGGAUGACUCAUCUUUUACCCCAUGUGCUGUGGAGUUAAUGAAAAAGGACUGGGGUAAAACUCCAGACAGAAGGGGUACAGAGGAUGUGCUUACUCUCACGACUAAUCACCCCCCUGUGAGCCUAAUGGAAAACUCCUGUGAUCACUCAAUUAGUUGGACCACAAAUUCUGAGAUCCUUCUGAAAUCUCCUCAAAGGUCAUUCGUAGACUUGACAUCAACCUCAAAGACCAUCCCACAUCCAGAGGAUAAUUUGCAGCAUCAGCUCUCCACAGUGCUACCUUGUCCAUUGUCAGCAACCUCACCCUAUUCUGUCUUCCCUAGGUCUUACUGUUCCACGCAUGUUCCUGGCUCUGACUAUGUUGGGCAUAAAGGCACAGUAGAAGACGUCACAACUUCACUAAAGCCUGUUACAGUACCCAUCGAGUCUGAAUCUUUGCCUUCCUCCUCCAACAGGCUGGAAUCUUUUUUUACUGAAUGUAAGUCGAUCCCUGAACAAAGUCAGAUGGUCUCCGAGUCUCCGUGCUUGACAACAGACAACCGGCAAGACGCCCUCAAGUACAUAGCAGAGGGCAGUGUGGCUCCCGCUGUAAAUCAGGAGCCGGUGGUGCCCUGGGCAGACCCCUUCUCUACUGCAGUCGAUGAGCUGGAUGAUUUGGGGCCCUUCUCUCUCCCAGACUUGCCUUUUCAAGACAAGGAACAGGAGCCUGAUAUCACAGAUUCAAGGCUGCAAGAAUUGAAACAACCUCCCGCUUGUAUUGCAUCUCCAGCUAAUGAUAUGAAAGAAGAACCAGAUCUGGAGUUUGAUUUGCCUGCUAUGACAAAAGCCCCCUGUUCCCCUGCUGUUGUCCCACUGAGUGAAACUGCGCACAAUAUAUUUGCACCUUCUGAAGAAGACUGCAAGUCAGGGAAUGAGUUGGAGCUGGAACCCCAGAAAGUCCCAGAGAGCAGCUCUACUGCCAUGGCAGAGAAUGAGACACAGUUUGAUGAGAGAGACGAAAGUGAUGGAAAUCAUUUAUUACCCACAGCUGAUGCCAAUAACAACCAGGAUCACAUGGCAGCAGACUCAUCAAUGGAGACACCUUCAUUGGUUACUGUGACUGCUUGUCCUGAUACUGUGACUAACAGGGAAACCAACAACAGUGGACAAAGUCCAGCCACCACAGAACCAGCUCAGUGCAGUCCAGUCCAGUUGGCUCCUGUAUCAGCAGUCACACAGUCCACCACAGUCCAAGUGUCUGAGCCUCAUGAGACAUCGCCCAAGGCAGCCAUCACCAUGACUGCUGCUGAAAUUCAGAAGAAGGUGGAGGAGAUCCCACAGAGAAUAACAAGGAACCGGGCUCAAAUGUUAGCCAACCAAAGCAAGCAGAAUAACUCUUCCGUCACGACCAGCACAACAUCGUCCGCCCCAUCACACAGCACUACCAACACCCCCACAGUAGUCACCACCUGCUCCUCAAUUCCAUUGGAAAGAGAAAAGGAACCUGUCAUCACUGCUCCUAGCUCCACCCCAGCCAUCGCCAGCAAGAACAAAAGUCGGCUCACGGAGGAGGAGGAUGCCCAGGCACAGCACCCACGGAAGAGGAAGUUCCCCCGUUCUGGCCAGCAGCAGGUGCAGGUACAGCUUGUCAACACAGCCAUGCAGCAAACACGGGAGAUGAUCCAGCAGACACUGGCCGUCAUUGUCAAUGCAAUCAAACUGGAUGACAUCGAGCCCUACCACAGUGACCGCUCCAAUCCCUACUUUGAAUACCUUCAAAUCCGCAAGAAGAUUGAGGAGAAACGGAAGAUCCUGUGCUACAUCACACCCCAGGCCCCACAGUGCUAUGCCGAGUAUGUGACCUAUACUGGGUCCUAUCUCCUUGAUGGCAAGCCACUCAGCAAGUUGCACAUCCCUGUGAUUGCUCCACCUCCAUCUUUAUCAGAGCCCUUGAAGGAGCUAUUCAGACAGCAGGAGGCAGUGAGGGGGAAGCUAAGGCUGCAGCACAGCAUUGAAAGGGAGAAGCUGAUUGUGUCAUGUGAACAGGAAGUCCUCCGGGUCCACUGCCGAGCAGCAAGGACAAUAGCCAAUCAGGCCGUCCCUUUUAGUGCCUGCACGAUGCUGCUGGAUUCGGAGGUCUACAACAUGCCCUCUGAGAAUCAAGGUGAUGAGAACAAGUCAGUGAGAGAUCGCUUCAAUGCCCGUCAAUUCAUAUCCUGGAUCCAAGAUGUAGACGACAAGUAUGACCGCAUGAAGACAUGUCUGUUGAUGCGACAGCAGCAUGAGGCAGCAGCCCUCAAUGCUGUGCAGAGGAUGGAGUGGCAACUCAAAGUGCAAGAGCUGGACCCUGCUGGUCACAAGUCCCUCUGCGUGAAUGAGGUUCCUUCCUUCUACGUGCCAAUGGUUGAUGUCAAUGAUGACUUUGUGCUGUUGCCUGCAUGACAGGAAUGUAGCAGCUGUCUAAUAUCACCAUUCAAAAGACAUCAAAUAGAUCGUAUGGUAAGGGCUAGCCAGUUUGAAAAGAAACAUUCUUUCUUGAGAAAACAUAUAUAUAUUAUAAAAAGAAAAAAAAACUUGCUAAUGAUUCCCUUCCACAAGAGGAGGAAGCAUCUUUUUACCGGGAAAAACACAACUUGCACUUUCAAUCAUAUGAGUUUUUUGUUCUCAGAAAAAGAUCGAAAUGGCUUUGUUUUGAAGCUUACAGCCUCUGUUUGAUUUUUAGAAAUGGGAGGAUGAGCAGUAUUUUUUCAUUUUUGGUUCCCUUAAAUAAAAUGACAAAAUAAAGGGGUAGACAGAAAACCCUUCCAUCAGUGCAGAUCAGAACCAGUGGCAGGAAGAACCGCUGCAAAUACAACUUCAGACACGCCAGGGAGAAGGGGUCCUGUAGGAACCAUCUGUGGCUCCCACAUGAAGGAGAGGGGAUCUGUAGAUGCUGUCCCUAGAAGUCUCUGCAAAGGGACCUACACAGGACAUCUGCAUCUUACUGCCCAUGCAACACUGCACAGCAGGAAUCCAGACAGAAUUAUCCAGCUGAAAUGGUGUACCAGUGCAGAGUGAGAACAGGUGGAGGGGGUCCACGGUGUUUAUGGGUCUGUCUGACUGGAGGGGAAAUGGAAGCAGCUGAUGGAAGUCUCCCGAUCAUGAGUUUGCAUGCCCCUCUUUCAACAGCUAGGUGUAAAACACUUGUUAAAUGCAAACUGCAUAAGAUAAAGAAGAAUGUUGCAACUCAAGAGGCAAAGACUAUCAGAGAUGGUGUGAGCAGACAAUAUCCUCUUUUUGUCUUUCUCUUUACUUGGGCAUUUCAUUGUUUCUCUUUCUGAGAAAGUGACUUGAAACACUACGGAGCCAAUAUUAGUUAAAUGGAAAACAAAAAUUGAAAAAAAAAAUUGUAUCACGUAAAUUCUGUACAGUUUUGUAUGCGUUAACCAAUGUAUUCUCGCUGCCUUCUAGAUAAUUUAUUUUGCCACACAUUACUGCACAGUUGUAAAUAACUUAUGUACUGUAACAUCACUCUCAGUUAAGUGUAAAAAAUGAAUAAAAUUAUCUUUGUAUGUACAGUUCACUUUUGGGCAGCACUUUUCCCUUAUAACAAUGGGCCAAAAUAUGUACACAUUUUCAGUAUUUAAAUACGGUCUCCUGUGCAUGGUCAUAAAAGUCCUCCACAUUCUGCCCAGGGUUUGUCAGAACCAGUCAUCUGGGUCUUCACAGCCGUAACUGACAUCAUUAGAAAAUCCCCUUCCCAUUCAGACUUUAACAACCACAAUCCUAGUGUCAGAUGUAGCAGAAUGGUUAAGAAUUUAUUUAAAGAAAAGGUAUAUUAUGCUUUGCUUUAUUACAGAACUAUUUAAUUAAAAAUUGAAACCAAGAAAAUGCCUUUUUACAGUCAGCAUUUAAUUUUCUCAGACAUUGCACAAGUAAAAUUAAGGUACACCAGGCAACAGAUAACAUCAAAUAACUUUGAACUCAAUUCUCAUUUUGUUUGUGCCCUGUAAUGGAGAUGUUAUAAUAUUCAGAAUCAAACCACAAUAUGUUACCCAUGUAUAAUAAUGGCAGUGUAAUUAUCAAAGCAUUUCAGAGUUGUGCAUUAGUCAGUGGGUCUAUUGAGAAUUCACGUUGUGCUAAGGGCCAUAAUUCCCACGACUAUGGAUGUGGUAGACUUAUUUUUGUUUUCUUUUGUCUUUUUUUUUUUCUUUCUUUUUUUGUUCCAAGAC